AUGGAACCAAUUAGUGAUGAAGUUCUCACUACAAUAGUUUCAGAGUUGUAUUCUAUAUACAAAAAGCCUCACAUAGAUUUAAAACUCUUGGACUCUGACGCACCUUUUUACUCAAGCAAAGUUGGUGGAAUACCAUACUACCCCAUAGGAAUGAAAUACCCAACAAUUCCAAGUGGAAAGUACAUGUACCUUCUUGCUCAGAUAAACUUCAGUGAAAUGCCGAAAUUGGAAAAUUUCCCAACAACUGGCAUUUUACAAAUAUUUAUCUUUCCCGACGACUGUUAUGGACUUUAUGGUGCAAAUGGAGAGUAUGACCAUACUUUACAUAAAGUGAUUUACCACGAAAACGUCGACUUGGAUGAAAAACACCAACAAAAACUCCCAGAGGAAGUCGCAAAAAAUUACAACGAAAAACAUGAAAUUUUAUUGGGUGACGUUCCAUUUAAUUCGGUUUUUGCGAUCAAAGGAAAGUUGAAAGAGGGGGCUAGUUUUAGGUGGUACAAAAAUGAACAAAUUAUUGAUAGAAUGGCAAUGAAAUACAACGUUUCUAAAGAUGAGUUAUACGAUGACAUAAUGGAGGAUGACCGACUAAGACCACAAUUGUGUUCAUUAGGUGGAUAUCCAAACUUUGCACAAGUAGAUCCAAGAAGUAAUGAUACGUAUGACACUUUGUUACUUCAAAUAGAGUCAAUCAGAGUGUCAAAAAACAAGGAAAUUAUGUGGGGAGAUUCUGGGGUUGGUAACUUUUUUAUAUCAACUGAAAAUUUAAAGAAAAGAAACUUUGAUGACGUGUUUUACAACUAUGACUGCUGUUAA